UUUUCUUUGAAAUAUAUAUUUUAUGAAAACGUGAACUACACGAACCGCAAAAAAAAUAAAUAAUUUAUCAAAUCGGUUUUUCAUCGCUGGCUAAGUCAUCGGACUUAGUCCGGGAUUAGUAUUUUAUAAUUAUUAAUUAUCGUUGUUAUUGUUGGUUUUACGCAAAGCAACAGCGACUGUAAUAUAGUAGUAGCUGGUUACUGAAUUACAUACGACGAGCAAAUUUAGAGGAAAGAAAAACAUUCAGCGAUGAGGAGAAGGUAGCCGUCGCCACUAACCAUCGUCGUCGCCACUGCCGUCAUGCACAAGUAUCACCAACAGCACUACGACGACAACAACCACCACUAUCGCCACUGCCACAACUACCUCUAUAAUCACCACCGAUGCUGUCUCGCCGCGGUGUUUCUACUGCUAACCGUCGCAAUCAUCAGCCCCGGACGAGCUGAACAUGUUGUACUUUUGGACACUACUACCGAACCCAGCCUCCGAUGGACUACGUAUCCUUACGGACCGGACGCUAACGCAGCAGGGUGGGUCGAAGAGAGCUACAUAAACUUUGAAAAAGGUAUCAACUGGCGAUCAUACGUCGUAUGCGAUGUCACCAAGCAAAACGUCAAUAAUUGGGUGUGGACACCUUUCAUUGAGCGUGGGUUGGCCAAUCUCAUUUAUAUCGAAGUCAAAUUUACCAUUCGAGACUGUUCGCUGUUCCCGGGGUAUGCUCUGUCAUGUAAAGAGACGUUUUCACUGCUCUAUUAUGAAUUUGACGUGGCCACCAGGGAACCACCGCCAUGGGAACCAGACAGCUACAAGUCUGUUGGUCGGAUAGCUGCCGGUGAGGGGAGGUUUAACGCUAAUAACGAAGUGGUGAUCAAUACCGAGACAAAAGCCGUGAAAGUUACCAAAAAAGGAGUGUACUUUGCCUUCAGGGACCAGGGUGCGUGCAUUUCCAUCAUGGCCGUCAAGGUGUAUUAUAUCGUGUGCCCGGAAGUUGUGAUAAACUUUGCAAAUUUCUCUGCUACUCCAACUGCUAGAGAACUUACCCAAAUCGAACACGCCACAGGCAAAUGUGUAGAUAAUGCUGAAGUAGUAGAUGGUGCUCCAACUUACCUGUGCAAAGGAGAUGGAAAAUGGUAUCUGCCGUCAGGUGGAUGCAAGUGCAAAGCUGGCUUUGAAGCAGACAUAGAAGCGCAAACUUGUAUAAUCUGUCCUCCAGGCAAGUACAAAUACGGCGUCGGGGAUGACAAGUGUCAACCGUGUCCGGCGCACAGCAAAGCGCCCGACCAGGGAAUGUCCGAAUGCAGGUGCAACACCGGAUACUACAGAUCAUCCAAAGAUCCAAAAUCGAUGCCAUGCACACAACCGCCGACAGCGCCACAAAACUUGACAGUCAACUUUGUGGACCAGUCGACUGUGACCCUAUCGUGGAACCCGCCGAACUUCCUCGGUGGCAGGAUCGAUAUCGUGUACAGAGUGACGUGCGACAUGUGCGGUCCGUCUGUUGUGUUCAUGCCCAACAACGAGGUGUUCAAUGAUACCAAAAUAACGAUAAGCGGUCUAAGUCCAGUUACCACGUACAAGUUUCACGUAUGGGCCGAAAACGGUGUCAGUAACCUGACAUCAUCCGAGAAUCGACAAUUUGUUGACAUAGCUGUCACCACUACGGAAGCUUCCGUGAAGUCCGCGUCCGUCAACAAUGUCCGCGUCAUGUUGGUUAAGGCUUCCGAAAUCACGUUAUCUUGGGACCCGCCUAUGGCCAGUUUCUUCGAUUCUAGUGAUGAUGAUGCUUCCGUCGAAGUGUACGAAGUGAAGUUUUAUCCCCGAGGUGACGAGUCGAACGUCAGUAAUAAACUCACUGCUGACAGGCACAUGGUGUUUACGGCGCUUAGGCCCAAGACGGACUACGGAUUCCAAGUACGUGCGAAGACCGCUCAUGGCUGGGGCGAAUACAGCCCUACCAUUUACAAAACGACGGGGCAAUUGCUCGGAAGCGGUAAGAACACACAACAACAAGUUCAAAGAAAAAACGGAAUUAAAGAUGACACGGCCUACAUUGGUGACGAAGACAACAUGGAAGUCCGGAUAAUCGCCGGUGCCACAGUCGCGGUAGUAGUCGUCUUAGUGGUCGUCAUCAUUAUGACGGUAUUGUUCUUAAGAAGCCGGAGCAAUGACGAAUGCAACAAAAAACAACCAAGCGAUUGUGACACGUUAGAAUACAGGAACGGAGAAGUGCAUUGCAAUUUGGACAAUCCUCCCAUAGUUGCCACUCACACUAGCAGCAUGACCACGCCUCUAUUUACUCAAGUUGGCUCAACCACGUCUAGAUCUUACAUUGAUCCGCAUACAUACGAAGACCCGAAUCAAGCAGUUAAAGAGUUCGCAAGAGAAAUUGACGCUUCAUAUAUCACCAUUGAAGCUAUAAUAGGUGGUGGAGAAUUCGGCGACGUGUGCCGGGGAAAAUUAAAAGUUCUCGGGUCUCCUUCUGUCGAAGUCGACGUAGCCAUCAAAACUCUAAAACCUGGUAGUUCGGACAAAGCUCGCAACGAUUUUCUGACCGAAGCUUCGAUCAUGGGACAAUUUGAACAUCCCAACGUGAUAUUCUUGCAAGGUGUUGUCACCCGGUCCAACCCAGUGAUGAUCAUCACCGAAUACAUGGAAAACGGUUCAUUAGAUACUUUCCUGAGAGCCAACGACGGAAAGUUUCAAGUCCUACAGUUAGUCGGUAUGUUACGGGGCAUCGCGUCCGGCAUGCAGUACCUUAGCGAAAUGAAUUACGUGCACCGUGACCUAGCUGCGCGCAAUGUCCUAGUCAACGCUCAGCUGGUGUGUAAAAUAGCAGAUUUCGGUCUGAGCCGAGAAAUCGAAAGCACCACUGAAGGGGCGUACACGACAAGGUUUUCAAAUUUCCAGGGCGGUAAGAUACCGGUCCGGUGGACCGCACCCGAAGCCAUAGCAUUCCGCAAGUUUACCUCAGCAUCGGACGUAUGGUCGUUCGGAAUUGUCGUAUGGGAAGUUAUGUCUUACGGUGAACGUCCGUACUGGAAUUGGAGUAACCAGGACGUGAUCAAAUCCAUCGAAAAAGGUUACCGAUUACCGGCGCCUAUGGACUGUCCAGAAACCAUUUACCAGUUAAUGUUGGAUUGCUGGCAAAAAGAGAGAACACAUCGACCGGUGUUCUUGUCCAUCGUUAAGACACUCGACAAACUCAUAAGGUGUCCGGACACACUCAGACGGAUCGCCCAAAAUAGGUCCGUGAACCCGCUGAGCUCGGACGCGCCGGACAUGACCCAGUUCGGAUCGGUGAACGAGUGGCUGUGCUCGAUCAAGAUGGCCCGGUACCUGGACAACUUCGAACAGGCGGGCAUCGUGAGCCCGAAGGCGGUGGCCCGGCUGACGGUAGCCGACCUGACGGCGCUGGGCAUCACGCUGGUCGGCCACCAGAAGAAGAUCAUGAACAGCAUCCAGGCCAUGCGGGCGCAGUUCUCGGCCAACCUGUCCGAGGGCUUUCUCGUGUAAUACGACGUAGGUCGAAAUGCCGCCGGACGCGUCGGCGCACCGUCGUGGACAUGUCCGGCCGUGGCGGACCUUUGGUUCCUAUAUGAUAUUAUCGCAUAAUGUACAAUAGUAUUGUAUCAGCGCAUGUAAAUAUUAUUGUGCGAUAUGUGUAUAUCCGAACGAACGAUGACACGCGUACUAACUUAUCAUGACGAUGACGACGGCACGUCGAGACUUAAUGUUAUAAUAAUAUUUUUUUAUUUUUUUUUUUUUCCUUAUUCGAAUAUGAUCUAGACUGUACCUGUGUAUAUUAUUAUUACUAUAUGUAAAUAAUAUUAAAACGUUAUCUCUAUAAGUACGCGUUCAGCGUGUUUUUUAAAUAAUAUAUUUUAUAUUUUUUCUCGGUGACUUACUGUAUAAUAUUAUUCAGCAAUAUAUCGUGUAUAUAAAUUAACUAGGUAUUGUAUACUUACCCCCACCCAACCAUCCCCUGUCAUAAAGCAUCGCCGAUCACACUCGUCUAAUCGUUCAACGUACCGACAAACCGAGUUAUCAAAAAUGUAUUUGUUUUUAAACGUAUACCACCUAUUGUACGAAUGUACAAGCUAAUCCUCCUUUUAUAUUGUGAAAUUUCGAUUUAUUUCGUAAUUAAUAAACCUGAUACGCUGUAAUACGAUCCGUAUAUUUGUGCGUAUGAUUUGUUUUGUUUUCACUCCAACCGACUCUUUCAUCGAAUUGCACACGAGUUCGAGGAUACGACGUUAUAGUGUAUAAUUAUUUAUAUUAUUGUACAUUUUUUUUUUUUUUCAAUCACCAUACUUACGUAUAUUUUUUUGUUCG